UUUGGCUUCAAUUGAGGAUGAGUACUAGUCCGCGCUGUUAACGAAUAGACACCGAGAUGCAGGAUUGCCGCACUCUUCCCCCCGACUGCCUCGAACCCAUCAUCUCCUUCACCAGUCCUCUCGAUGCCUGUAGAUGGUCAGUAGUUUCCCGCUCUUUCAACGAUGUCGCCAGAUCCAACGCGGUUUGGGUUAAGUUCCUGCCGUCCGACUACCAGAAUUUGGUUCCCGCAUCGCGAUCCACUUUUCCCUUGAAGGACCUUUAUCUCGGCCUCUGCGAUCAUCCUGUACUCAUUGAAAAUGGUAAAAAGGUAGUUUUAAUCAUUGGCUCUUUUCAAUUUUUCACUCAGCAAGGUACUUGACUAGAUAUGCAUUCACUCAACAUAUGCAUAUUGUAAGAUUUCAUUGUUUGGACUGAGGAUGAAUCAUAAGCUUAAAAAAGCCAAAUUCUGAUAAUGCCUUCCUUUUCUGAUCAAUUGCUGUAUAUAUGGCUUGUUAAGAGGCCAUGACUUGGUGUAAUUUUCUUUUGUGUUGAUAGUCCUGAAUUCAUGUCUAUAUGAAGCAGCUAACUAUAAGGAUUUUUAUUGGUAUAAUUUACAAAACUUAUGGAUGUGUUGCCUGGGUAUUCACUGCUUUUUUUUGGAAUAUGCUUGCUAGAGGAUUAUGUUCUUGUUGGUGAUGUAAUAAUGAUUAAUGAUGGUUAUGUCCUUUCUAUGGUAAGUUUAUGUAUUCCUUUGAUAUUUUGAAGUUUGAUCAGUAAUCUUUUCCAAACUAUUCUUUUUCAGUACUAGUAUUUUUUUGGCCAACAUUUUCAGAACCAGUUGAGUGUUUAAUUGUAUAACCUCUAUUGCAUAGAGCUUUUCACUGCACAAAAGGAGUGGGAAAAAAUGUUACAUGCUAGCUGCUGGGGACCUCGCCAUUACAUGGGGUGAUAAUCCUCAUUAUUGGAGUCGGAACUCCAUAGAAGAUUCCAGGUUCCCUGAGGGUGCAGAGCUUCUCAGUGUUUGUUGGUUUGAAAUCAAUGGGAGUAUCAGUACUUGCAAGCUUUCUUCAAUGACACGUUAUAAGGCAUACCUUGUGUUCAAACUGGGAGCUAGAUUUUAUGGAUUUACAAAUGAACGCGUAGAAGCCACUGUCCGACUUAGUGGAACUGAAGGUUUGCAGCGAACUGUAUUUCUGCAUGCAGAAGUUGAAGAUGUACAAAAUGAUUACCGGUACCCAGUAGAGAGGGGAGAUGGUUGGCUAGAGCUAGAGUUGGGUGAAUACUUCAAUGAACGAGGUGAAGAUGGCCAAUUGGAAAUACGAAUUUUUCAUUUCGAUGGUAGCUGGAAGAGAGGUGUCAUUAUUGAAGGCAUCGAAAUCAGGCCAAAUUAGCAGGACAUGACAAGAUCUUCUUCCACCCUGUGUAUUUUCUGUGGGAAAACAUUGCUCCUUGUGUUAAAUUACGAUUGUCGUGCAUUAGUCUUUAUAAAUACUAUAUGAGUCCUACUAUUAUCUAGACGCGAUCUUUGAAU